AUGAAUGCAAAUAGCCAACCAAUGUUUUCGGGAGGAGAAUUCCAUCAGCCGAUGCAGCCGCAGCACAUAAUUCCGCAGUCAAUGGAUAUGGGUGGAAUGAUGAAUCAACAACAGCAGCAGUAUCAACAACAGCCUAUUUUUGCGAGCCAACCAAUGCCAGCAUCUAUGCCAGUUUCCGCUCAACAACCGAUGAACAUGAUGCAAGGAGGUCAACAGUUCCAACAUCAAAACAUGGGAAUGAUGCACGGACAACCUAUGAUGAUGAGACAGCAGAUGCCUCCGUCAUUUCAACAACAUCCUCAAGGAAUGAUUCAGCAGCCUGGAGGUAACAUUUCGAAGAUGUGUGGUUAUUUUUUAGGCAGG